AUGCGCGCGACGCGCGAGCUCCUCCGCGCCUUCGAUAUCGUCGCGUCGUCGCCGUGUCGAACGGCGGCGCGCCAUGGGUCACACCGCAACACGUCGUGGUGGCGCGCCUCGACGUUCGCCGCAGGAGGCACCGAGCGGCCGCGGUGGAAUCCGCAGCGCGCGCACAACGCAGCUGCGCUUCCGCCUUGCGUCCGGGUGUCGUCGUUGACGGACGCGCGCGGGGACUUCGACGGGUUGGUGCCCCUGCUGGUGGAGAAAAUCGCGCGGUCGAUCCGCGCGGUCGACGGCCGGAGACCCGUCGCGGUCGUCACCUCCGCGAACGACCGCGACGUCCUCGGCAUGACCCUCAGGCGCCUGGCCGAUCGACCUCAUCAGAGAGGCGCAUCAGAUUCGCGUCACCGGCGCCGCGAAGCGAAUGGAUCGACGGAAUACAACGACGCGCCGACGCGCGUGUUCACGGCGAUGGACGCCGCGCUGGGUCCGCAUCGACACGGUGAGCACGCGUCAUCCCACGCCGUCGACGCGCACGCGGCGAUGACGACACAGCUGGCAGCGACGGGAAAAAAGGCGUUCGCGUACGACGCCAAAUUCGCCGGCGACGUCGACGUGGACGAGAUCGCGCUGCGAUGCGCCAAACGCGACUGGGACCCCGGGGACUUGGAACACGGGGAAGUCGAGCACGAUGGGGCACGAACACGGGGCGUCGCCGGUGCCGACUUUUCAUCCCCGGGUGCCGACUUUUCACCGUCCCCGUUCGGCGCCGUCGUCGUCGCGUGGGACGGGCGCGACGAUUCCAUCUUCAAUCGGUACCUCUCUCUUCUACCGGCGAGCGAGAGUAGUGCACGGCACGCGUCGGCGCGUGAUGAUGAGCGGGUAAAGAGCGGUCGGGUGUGCGGUGCGAUGCUCGACGUCGUCGCGGUGGAUGCGCCGGCGAUGCUCGCGGAUUUCGGCGACUACGGCGAGGUUCCGUCGUUGGCCCCGGAAUCCGUCGCGAGAUUACGAGCCGCGGACGUCGUGGUGCUGCAUCACGUGAGUCUGCUCCCUUCGUCCGCGGCGGUGGAGGCGGUGCAGCGCCGCGUCGUGGACGCUGUAAAGUCGGCACCCGGGGAUGAAAAGUCGGCACCCGUCGUCCCCCCGGGCCCCGUGCUCGUUCGAACAGAGUCGAGGUGCGAAAAGACGGAGCGAUUGCACCGCUACGCCGGCGCGUCUCCCGCGCACGAGUGGACGCCGCCGCCGUCCAGGCUCCGGGGCGCGCGCGUGCUCGGGAUGACGGCGUGUGGGAAAGGCGACGGCAGGCGAAGGGGUUUUGAGGCGCUGUUGCGAUCGCUCGUCGCCCCCGCCGACGCGAGCGACGUCAACGGGUACGGAUUGAGGCUUCGCACGACGGGCACCGCGGAGGUGCUCGCGUGCGACGGGGAGGGUGCCGACUCGGGUGGGGGUGCCGACUCGGGUGGGGGUGCCGAGGGUGCCGAGGGGACUGGGGCGUUCGCGCGCGAGUUUUUGGCGCGCGUCGUGGCGCGGUUCCGUCAGACGCACGCGUCGUCCGGCGACGUGGGGGGCGCAGAGGCGAGGGUGGUUUUGUCGGAAAGAGAUGCGUGGCGGUUGCUGACGGGCGGGUCGCGGGAUCGAAUCCGGGACGGGUUAAAUUUUUUAUCCGCCGCGGACCCGCUCGUGUUACGCUUCGCGCUGCAGGUGGAGACGAACGGGAACGGAGUGGAGGACGGGUUGACGUCUUCCCUGCGAAGCCACCUCGAACGAUGUCGUGACUCUUAA